AGGACACGGCUAUAUUGACUUGGCUGUUGAGACUGCUGAAGAACAACAUGUAUAUUUUAUAUGUAAAAUCUCCAUUACUACGUUGCAAACUUUUGGCUAAAACUCAAUAGUAGGCGGCUAUAUUAUAAUUAAGGUAGGCACUAUUCGAAAUUAGUUUUCUUGAAACACUCAGAGAAUAAAUGUUAAGCACAAAUAACUCGGGGUACAGUAAGUUUAGAGCGACAAGAUGAUCGAUAUUUUGUCGCUGCCGCGGCGAAACAAGGUGUCCGGAAACCCGGCCCUGCUGAAGAUGAUCUCCUACAAGACUGGACUACCGAUCAACAGUCUACCCGGAUGGGAGCUGAUCCCUCUGAACAGCAAACUGCCAAUGCUCAAAUGUCCCGGCAAUCAGGUCAUAUUCUCCAAGAACAAGAUUGGACAGGACUUCAAGAGCGGUAAACAGGAGUUCGAAUGCUCCGUCACCGAGCACAUCCCGGAGUACAAUCCGCUUCACGACUCCAACCUAAAGACGUUCUACUCCAACGAACGCAAUCUGAAGCGGUUGAGGGAAAACGGCGAGAUAACGCAGGACAACGAUGUAAUCUGCAACCUGAAGGACUUCAAUCAGCAUCGCCAGGAGCUGCACAAAUCGCAGUUGUACUACAUUUUGCAGGCAUACAAGCGGCGCGAGUCGGAGCAAUAUGAUCGAAUGCUGAUCGCCAACGCGGAGUCCAUCACAAAGAAGGAUCACCAGAAUCUCGCAGCCCGACACCAGUGCACUGAGGAGGUUCUCGCCAGAAAGAAACUGCAGGAGCAGGAACGCCACGAAAGGAAGGUUCAUCUGCUGAAUAUCACAUAUGAGAAGUUUAAACGCUUGGAGAACCUGGCCACCAUGCAGAAUAUGUUGCUGGAGCACCGCAAGAUGCUCACAAACAUGCGUGUGGCUGCCCACAUUAGCAUGUGCCAAGAUUUGAUGAGAAAGCUAUUGAUCAAACAGAAGAAGCUCUUCCAGUUCAAAAAGGAUCGGUUCAACAAAAACAUGCGAAUUCUGAGGAAGCAGAGGCUGGUAAAGAACACUGAGCACCAGAUUCAGUCGUGGCGGAAGCGACUUGAUGAGCGAAUUGCUAAUCAGCGCAGGAUCGAAUACCUUCUACAGGAGGUGGAAAAAGAGCGAGAGGCGUUCAUAGACAGGCACAAGGCCCAUUACAGGGAAAAGUGGCAACGGAUUCAGGACGAGAUUAAGGAAAGAGCUCAAAAGGCCGUCACUGCUCGCCAGCCCAAAAGAAAGCGCCACAAGAAGAAGAAGAAGUCGACUCUUCAGGAACGAAAGCCAUCCUUCUGCGAUGAGUAUCAGGCCACCUUUGAGGGAUUGUUAGACAGUGAUCUUUGUUACGCCUUGAAUGCAGCCAUUGCCAUGGAGGGUCAGACCGCUCUCAGCUUCGCACCAGACGACCCCAUCUAUAAGGCGGCACAAUAUAUACUGGACUACAUCAUUUCUGGCUUAAACGAUGAUCUCAGCGAGGACGAGUGUGCCUUGCAGGUGUUGAUUUCGCGCAUUAAGGAUUUUGUCUGCGAUGCAAAGAAAUAUGUGCACUACAAAGCCUAUCAGAUCAUUGGAUUCGCCAGGGACCACAAAGCCAUGGAAGUGCCGCCGUCGAUGAUCAAGCAGCCGAAGAACCACUCGCGCGCCUCCCACGUGUCGUUUAGCGGCGUAGCCAGCACCAUAGGCGUGGGCAGCUACGAGAUUCAUCCGUUCGUGGACGUCCGUCCGUGCAGCGAACGUCGGCCCACUCCGGCUGGAUCAUUAGCCUCUCUGGUGGUCAGCCAGAUCGGGGAACAGGUGAUUCAGGACAAGGUGCGCCUGCCGCAUCUAAAUCGCAACCAGAUCGUGUUCAUAGAGCACUACCUCGUGAAGUUUAAACGGGAUCUACUGGUGGGUCUGGACAAGCUGGUCUUUGCAGCGAUUCAGUGCCACUUUGAGAACCGUAUGAUGGAGGUUCGCGAGGAGCUCUUGCUGCUGGACAGGAACUAUUUGUUCGACCAGAUUGCAAGGGGCAUCCUCAGCUAUGCGGUUAACCCGCUUAACUAUCAGUCGGUGCUAAAGCUGGCCGUGAGCGUCCUGUCCUGUGAAAUCAUCUGGGAGCUGCAGCAGACGAUGCUUAAGCCAGGCAUCGAUCCCCGGGGUCAGAAUCACCCAGUGUCCUGCGGCACCGAGCAGGAACGUGAGACCCUGGCCCUCUGCCUACCCUAGGAUCCUGUCAAGCAGACAGGGGAAGCGGAAAUGGACCUUAAAUCAGGAUACCGCAGCUCUUGCGAAACGUAGCCCUAACAAAUUACUUGUAUAUUUAGUGUCCGAUUACAUAUGUACAUAUUCAUAUUCAACAGGAUGUCCUAAAUUUAUGUACUAUGCUUUCUUUUUCGUUAAAAAUGCUUUGUUAUACAUAAAUAGUUGCGUCUAACUUUAAAAAUCA